CCCCAGCCCCGGGCUCGUGGCUCUGCUGAUCUCCGUGCUCCGCUCGUGUCCCCCAUGGGCUCACCAGUGUCCUUCGUGCUCUCGAGGAUGUCGGGCUGCGGUGCCCCCGGUGCCAAGAGCCGGGUGACGGUGCCCAAGCGCGUGUGGGAGUUCGUGACGCGGGAGCGCGCGGCGCGCCUGGCGCUGCUGGCGCAGGAGGCGCGGGUGCGGAUCCUGGUGGACGGCGAGACCCCCGAGCUGUACGUGCUGCAGCUGUGCGCGACCCCCCCGGCGCCCCCCGGCGGCGCGGGGCUCUGCCCGGCCCGCAAGGCGCUCAAGGCGCUGCUCAAGGAGACGGAGAAGGAGCUCAAGAAGCGCAGCCAGCGGCACACAGGGGAGGUGCUGGGGCCGCGCCCGGAGCCCCCCGCGGGCGCCGCGGGCUGUCCCGGCGCGGGCGCGGCGCGGGACGAGGAGCCGGAGCGGCAGUGCCCGAUCUGCCUGGGCGAGAUGCGCGGGCCGCGCACGCUGGAGCGCUGCCGCCACUCGUUCUGCGGGGAGUGCAUCGCGCGGGCGCUGCAGGUGCGCUCCGCCUGCCCCGUCUGCGGCCGCUUCUACGGGCAGCUGGUGGGCAACCAGCCCCCCGACGGCCGCAUGCUGGUGACCCGCGACGCCGCGCUGCCCCUGCCCGGCUACGAGGCCUUCGGCACCAUCAUCAUCCAGUACGUCUUCCCGCCCGGCGUGCAGGGGGUGGAGCACCCCAACCCGGGCGUGCGGUACCCGGGCACCACGCGCGUGGCAUACCUGCCCGACUGCCCCGAGGGGAACAAGGUGCUGGGGCUGUUCCGCAAGGCCUUCGCCCAGCGCCUCACCUUCACCGUGGGCACCUCGCUGACCACGGGCCGUGCCAACGUCAUCACCUGGAACGACAUCCACCACAAGACCAACUGCACCGGCGGGCCCCAGCUGUUCGGGUACCCCGACCCCACGUACCUCGCCCGGGUGCAGGAGGAGCUGCGGGCCAAGGGCAUCACCGAGGACUGAGCGGGGGGCACGGAGCCCUCCCAGGCACGGGGGGACCCCCCCAGGAUCACCCCGUGCAGGGGACCCCCCACAAACGGGACCCCCGCGCAGGGGGACCCCCUCUUCAAUGGGACCCCCAUGUGGGGGGAUCCCCCCAUCCAACAGAACCCCCCAUGCAGGGGGAUCCCCCAUAAAAUGGGCCACCCCCCCAUCCAACAGGACCCCCCAUGUGGGGGGAUCCCCCCAUAAAACGGGACCCCCAUAUGGGGGGAUCUUCCCUUCAAUGGGACCCCCCCAUAAAACGGGAGCACUCCUGAAUUGGGGGAGCCCCCCAGCCCCCCCGGCUGGCAAUGGGGGCACAAGGAGGGGCCCAGACCCCCCCAGAGGGGUUGGUGCCACCCAGCCCCCGCAGCACGGACAGACAGACAGACCCCUGUACAUAGCCCUGACCCCCAGGACAGACAGACAGACAGGGGGGGUCGCGCCCUCGGGGGGGGUUAUUUAUUUUGUAUUUCCCCCCAGGUCUGUAACUUUGAUCCAAUAAAAAUAUGCAACGGA